CAAUUUGUGGGCUCCACAGUCGUCGUGAAAAGUAGCAGCCCGAGCACACAGUACUGCUACGCCAAUACGCCAAUACGCCAAUACGCCAAUACGCCGUCCCUCCAGCUUGGCUGCCCCGCAUCGCUGCUGUCAAGCUACCUGGAGUGUAGGAGGGAAGGGAACCAAUGUGUCUUGUCAAUCGCGGUGCUUCACCUGGGGACGCGGAACGAGGCCAAUGAUGCCCUCUCGGACCCUGCCAAGCUGCGCACCUGGAUUGAUCACUUGCGAAAAUAUAAAGCACGCUGCAAUGUUGCUCACGGAAGCAUUCUGUAAGAGUUUCCGCUCAUCGAAUAGAAUGAGAAAGGGAUCUCCAUCGUAUCGGAUACUCCCAGCGUGUGGAGUGGGUUGGUUUCCACCUGAUUAUCACGUGACUGUCGAUUAUUUUAUCGAGCACCACUGGCACGGCUUUCUCAUUAUCAAUCUGACCGGUGGAGUUAUUAGGUACAAGUCGUUUACCACUUUGCAGAUGAAAAACCUGGCCUCGUUCCCGGAAACUCCCUCUUUGUCAACCAGACUUCCCAGGGUUUUAGAUGGCACACUCCUAAAUCCGUCCCAAGUCAGACUCCUUGCAGAUUUCUUCCAAUGGCUCCGGCAGAAUCAACACGCCUGUCGCACGUUGUCCCGUUCCGGCCCGGAACCGAAACCUAGUAUGUAUUUCCCGGCAUAUGCCAAAAAUACACCGUACAGUGUCCUCUCUAGAAAUAGUCAACUCCUCUCUCUAUAAUUCACCACAUCUCCGCGUCUUCCAUUUACCCCGUCAAGCCAAUCUAACCACCUCGGACCUCUGCACCCUCCCCGUCUGCCUCGCCCAUGGCACAAU